AUGACGUCACUUCCGGGCACAGGACUCCCCCGAGUGUCAGAACAGGAAGGCAGUCCAAGACAAGGAGGCGUAGAAGCAGGGGGUUAUGGGACCGAGACAGCCCAGCUUUUGCAGGACAGCAGGUUAAGCGAAGCAGAGGCGGAGUUCGUCCCGGAAAAGUCAUUAGGUGGUGGUUCUGUGGAACAGAAACAAGGCCAGAGGAGAAAAGCCCAAGCAGGGAAGCGCCAAAGGGCUCCCGGAGGAAACAAGUCUCAGCAGCACCCGGAGCAUCAGCAAGGGACAGCCAAACACAACAGGGAGCACCAGAAGCCCUCGCAGGGGAACCAAGCGCCCCACUCCUCAGGGCGGCCCGGCCACCACGGCUACAGCCAAAACCGGCGGUGGCACCACAACCAGAAGCACUCGCCCAACGACAGAGAGACGCACAGAAACGCCAAAGAGACCGAGAACCUGAAAAUCGAGGACGCCUCCGUCUGCACGGUGCACAUCCCCUUGGAGAUGCACCGCGGCAACGACGCCACGGAGAGGCACUCCCCGCAGUACAUCCAGGAGUCGGAGAGCAAGCGGAAAGACAGCCUCCACGAACGGAUCAGCGAGAGGCCCAAAAUCAACCUACUCCAGUCUUCCAAAGACAGACUACGCAGGAGACUAAAAGAAAAGGACGAAGUGGCCCUGGAGCCCACCAACCCGCAAAAGAACAAAAUGGACAAACUAAUUGAAAUUCUCAACAGCAUGCGGAACAACAGCAGCGGGGUGGACUCCAAGCUCACCAACUUCAUGGAGGAGGCCCAGAACUCCACCAACUCAGAGGAGAUGCUGGGGGAGAUCGUCAGGACCAUCUACCAGAAGGCGGUGACGGACCGCAGCUUCGCGUCCACGGCCGCCAAGCUCUGCGACAAGAUGGCGCUCUUCAUGGUGGAAGGCACCAAGUUCCGGAGUCUCCUCCUCAACACGCUCCAGAAAGACUUUACGAGGCGAGAAGAGCUGCAGCAGAGCGACGUGGAGCGCUGGCUGGGCUUCAUCACCUUCCUCUGCGAGGUGUUCGGGACCAUGAGGAGCAGCACGGGGGAGCCCUUCCGAGUCCUCGUCUGCCCCAUUUAUACCUGCCUCAGGGAGUUGUUGCAAUCUCAGGACAUAAAGGAAGACGCCGUCCUUUGCUGUUCCAUGGAGCUGCAAAGCACCGGCCGGCUUCUGGAGGAGCAGCUGCCCGAGAUGAUGACGGAGCUGCUGGCGACUGCCCGAGACAAGAUGCUGUGCCCCUCGGAGUCCAUGCUGACCCGGUCCCUCCUCCUCGAGGUCAUAGAGCUGCACGCCAACAAUUGGAACCCGCUGACACCCACCAUCACACAGUAUUACAACAAGACAAUCCAGAAACUGACGGCCUGAAAGGGAGGCAGGGAACGAGAGAGAGCCGGAAAGGAAGACACGCACUUUAAGAAAAGCAGAAAUACACCGGGGGUGGGGAAAACGGAUUUGGGAAGGAACUGAGCCACGCAGCAUCCCGAGAAGGGACCAAGAGACCCUUUAUGAUCCGAUCCCUAAGAAGACAACCCCCAGCAUGCUUUAGAAUACGUUCGAGGGGGCGAAGCAUGUUUCCUUUUCAGCCGUGUCCUCAAGUGCCGCCGCGCCGCUGCCGCCGCCAGCCCUCUCUCUCUCUCUCUGCCUCCCUGCUGUGUUUUGUUUUAGGGUCCCCUUUUCAUUAAACCCAUUGCUUGUUCAGCUCCACACCCUGCCAGGUCAUUGUUUGGGCUCAGAAAGAACACGGAGGGCUUGAAUAGCCAGGCGGAGAGCAGGGGCGGAUGGCUUUCACGGGCAUUCUCCUGGCCUGCACCGGCCAACUGGCGGGAGGCGACUCACAGCAGAUGUCUUGGGGGGGACAAAGGCAGACACGUUCCACACCAGACGCUGGUAAUUGACAGCUUUUGUCAAGCAAAGAGACCCCUCCUUUCCCCCACCCACCCACCUUUUCUUCCACUCCUCCUGUUGUCAAGAUUUUGUCUCCCUCCAUCUGGCUUCCC